AGAAAAUGAAACUUGCUUUCAAACCUUCAUGUCGAUUUCUAAUGGGUGAAAGCAGCCAAUCAAUUCCAGUAUUACGAUGGCUGGGUACAUGGUCACCAUAUGGAAAACCCUCCAGCCAAGAACCAUCACCUGCAUCUUCCUGCUCGAAUUUGUCCUCACCAAGUCUAGUAUCUUUGAACGAAGCUCUACACGAGCCGCUUUGUUCGCUGCGUCGACCUCCUUCGGCACAACUUCUUCAUUUCUCUCUUGCGCACGCCCGGCAUCCACCUUUCCUCGACAAUCUUACGAGAUCCACACUCCCUACUGCAUCACUCUCUCCUGAAGCCAUAAUUUCAUCGUCUAAUUCCAGUCCGCCUCCAUCCCCGACAUCCCGAAUACGUUCUAACGCUUCUUCAAAUAAUCCCAUUAACUCUCCGAAUAUCAACAUUAGCCAUUUGUCGCCUUCAAUGAGCUCACUUGACUCCCUCCGCAGUAUCUCUCAGCGCGACUUGAAUCUCCGUCGGCCACACACGAGAGCUACUUCCACCGUUGCGCCCUCUGAUUCAGAACCCACAGCAUCUUGGUGGUGGUUCCAGUCAGGAAAUAAGGAUAAUGUAGAUACUUUACUUGCCGAGGAAGAUAGAGCUGCAACAGUCCGAGAGGAGCAAGAUCACAUCCGAAAGAAAUAUCACUCCCCUCGUAACCCAAUCAUAUUCUGUCAUGGACUUCUCGGCUUUGAUUCCGUUACGAUUGGACCCUCCAUAGCACCCAUUAGUUUGAACCAUUGGCGUGGUGUCCAGGAAGUCUUAGAGGCCAAUGGCGCGGAGGUUCUCAUUACUCGUGUGCCAGCAACCAGUAGCCCUAUUGAAAGAGCAAAAGUUCUGGAAGAGACGGUAUCGGCCAAGUACCCUGGGCGAAAGGUUCAUUUGAUUGGACAUAGUAUGGGAGGGAUUGAUUGUCGUUAUCUCACUACCUGUCUAACCCAACGCAAAUUCUCUGUGUUAUCCAUAACCACCAUCGCUACUCCGCACCGCGGUUCUUCUUUCGCCGACCAUUUCCUGGCUACGCUCGGAAAGGGGCGCAUGGACUCUUUCUUAUCCCUUCUCGAUCUCCUUCCAAACGGCGGUGGCGAUGGCAAAGCCUUUGAAUGCCUAACCCUAGAGAGCAUGCGGAAGUUCAACGAAGAUGUCCCGGACGUGCCUGGAGUCAAAUAUUUCAGCUGGGGCUCGGUCUACGAACCAGGGUUGGUUGAUACUUGGAAAUGGCCCCAUUCAGUAGUGUUGGAGAGGGAGGGACCUAACGAUGGACUUGUUUCAGUACAGUCGGCCAAAUGGGGAAAAUAUAUGGGCACGUUGCAAAAUGUCAACCAUCUCGAUCUUGUAGGCUGGAUCAAUCCUGCCAGGUUCAAAUGGGCAGAAAUUACCGGAAAGCAGAUAAAUUUUCGCCCUGCCACCUUUUAUCUUGGCAUUGCAGAUAUGCUCGCCAGGGAGGUAGACGGUGUCGUGGAUGAAGAUGGAAAUAAAGGAAAUAAAGCAGGUGGAGGGGCUAACAUACAGUCUGAAGAUCCAGGAGUCUCGCGGCGCACUGUCGAUUCACAGUCACAAGAAGAUCGAACGAAUCCAGAUUCACUAGAAGCAAGUAGGAUUCGAAAUCCGAAAUCCUCCACCCAUAGGCUCACGGAAAUGAUGUUUGCUGCCGAUGAGGGCGAAGUGAUAGAUGAUGUUAUUUUGAGGGCUGAACCUGGCCCGAGCCGCUCUCCGCCAUGGGCAAACUCGCUGAUCCCGCCUAACCCACCACCUCAAGAUCAUGCACUCGUAUAUCCGACUCACAUCGAAACUGCGGAAGAUUUAUCGCGGAAUCAUUCAGACUACAGGCAACUGGACUAUAAGGCUAACAUCAUACAAUCUACUGCACCUGGUGACGAGAACAGCCAAAAGGAUAAAAGGACCGAAGGAUUUUUUCCAAAUUGGACAUCGCGCGUGUCUGAUUCUCUAGUUUCAUUAGCCUUCCUUGGCUCUCCUCCCGCAUCCAGCUCGUGCAAACCAGUGACCGCUGGUGCAGCUUCUUCAUGACCCUAUCUUACAACCAACGACUGAUUCUGAAUCCUAAUUUCUAAUGAUGAUACCAAGAUACAUAGCUAUAUAUCGUGUAUUUACUGUACGCACUGAAUACUUCAAGCAGUCGCAGUAUCUGGGAGUUCGGUAAGACUGGAUACAUGGUAUAGCGAAGUCAUUGCUCUAACAUCCAACGGAUGCACUGAUCUGCUAAUUCUUGGCUGUGAUCUACAGGGGGUCAGAUAACUUGGUUGUGACUUUUCAUGACAAUAAUAUCAAAUGCACUUACUGAUACAAAAAGCAUGGGGGAUG